AUGGAUAGUACAUUCAUCAAUAUUGAUCUGUCUAUUACUAAUCAACAGCACUGCGAAGCAUCUGCGCGAGAAGUAUAUACUGCGGGAAUAACGAACAAAAUAAUGUCGGCAUCUGUAGAUGCGAGCGAUAAGCUCAUAUUUCGAAUUUUUGGCAAAAAUACAGAAAAGUUCAUAGACAGAGAUCGGGAGUUAAACGCAAUGGAAAAACUUGCAACUAGAGGUCUCGCAGCGCCUGUUUACGCGCGAUUUUCUAAUGGAAUUUUAUGUGGUUUUCUUCCGGGUACGACUGUCAAUGUUCGACAGUUAAAAGACCUAGAUAUACAGAGGAGAAUAUGUAAGACGAUGGCUGCUUUUCACAGUCUGAAUUCGACCAAAAUAGAGACUAACAGUAUGUACCUUUUCCGAAAGACGAAGGAUUUUAUCAAGAAUAUUGACAUGAGCAGAGCUAAGGAUAUUCCCUGCUUCGCUAACCAGUUAUCUGCUGACCUGAAAGAAAUGCGAGAUCUCGUUAUCCCUCUCAACGAAGAAAUCACAUUUUGCCAUAAUGAUUUGCUAGUUCACAAUAUAAUCCUAGAGGAGUCAUCAGGUGAUUCAAAACAUUGCAAAAGCAAAUCAUAUCUUAUGGUUUAA